AUGGGUCCAAAAUGCAUCUUUGAUGUUUGUGCUAACGUGUGCCCGGCUACUCCUGUUUCCCCUCUAUCUCACCACGUGGUGGACAUCAAAGAUCCGUCAAAGGAGACAGACUAUUUGUUACGGAAGCUCGUUGUGGAGAAAAUUCGGAGAGACCGCAUCAACAGCAGCAUUGAGCAACUGAGAACACUUCUCCACAGAGGACAGAUGUGUGGACAGCAGCAGCAGCGCUUAUCCAAACUGGAGAAAGCGGAUAUUUUGGAGUUGGCCGUGAGUUUCUUACAGAAGGAGACCAAAACGGGCGUUUCGCCCACCUACUCCCAGUGUCUGCAGGAGACCUUCAGCCACCUGUCCCUUCACGCGCCCCUGCAGGCUGUAGAACAACAGGAUAUCAAACGCUUUUACGUGCUCCAGAAAACAGCCCUGUCCAGGAGCAUGUCAAGUGAACAGCACGCGCAGUCUGCAGCCAAGCGGUCAACAUCAAGGUCAUCAUCAUGGCGGUUCCAAGGCUCUCUGUGGAGGCCAUGGCAAUAG